AUGAUGAACGCCUUAUCUCCUAAGACGAAGCCUCAAGUAUUCAUGCCCCCGCCGUCUCCAGUGAUGAAACCUGUAGACCAUCUCGCAGCUGCUUUCGGCUCGAUGAAAGUGGCUAUCCCUGCAAAGUCGCCGUUUAAACCUGGACUGGAUGACCGACACAUGAAGUUUCCGACUGGCAAACGUGAGGAUGAUGCCAUGUCCAAUGCUCCUAGCAUCGCGCCGAGUCGGAUGUCGAUGCUGUCAACACUGGACGAUUCGCUAAAGUUGUCAGACAUGUACAAGCAAAUGACGUCGCGUCUGGAGGGAGAGAAACACGAUCUGCUCAAGGUCGUGGCGAGUCAGGCUCAAGAGAUCGCGCAAAUGAAGAAACACAUCAAGUCGUUAGAGCUGCAACUCAAGAAACACCGGCCUCAAGAUGCAUAG